AAUGCCUGGCGGCCCAGACGUAGCAGCAAAGGCGCUGAGUGCUGGCCUCGGAGCCGGCGGCUUUCCCGCGCUGGUUGAACCCACUUCUCGCGGGAUUUCGGCCCCACUAGACGGCCGCUCUCUCCUCGACGCCUCGCAGGCGGGGGUCGCCAUGGUUCAUUUCUUGCAUCCGGGCCUGUCGCCCCGGACCAUCGUCCCUCCCGACGCUCAGAAGGAUGCCCUAGGUUGCAGCGUGGUGCAGGAGGAGGCAUCUCCCUACUCUUUGGUCAACAUCUGCCUGAAUGUCCUGGUUGCUAACCUGGAGAAAUUGUGUUCUGAAAGACCUGAUGGAACACUUUGCCUUCCGGAACACUGGAGUUUCCCUCAGGAAUUAGCUGACCGAUUGGUUGGGGUAAUGACCUGGCAAGGCAAGCUGACUGAUAAAACAGCAAGCAUUUUCCAAGGCACCCAAAUGAAACUGAAGCUGGUCAAUAUUCAAAAAGCUCAGAUCACUACAGCUGCAUUCAUAAAAGCCUUCUGCCAUCACAAACUCAUUGAACUGGAUGCUACGGCAGUACACACUGACCUCCCAAUCCCAGACAUCCUAAGUGGGCUCUGCAGCAAUAGGUGGAUCCAGCAAAACCUCCGAUGUCUCCUGUUGGACUCAGCAAACAUCCCUCGAGAUUCGAAACGGUUGUUCUUUGGACAGCUCACUGGUCUUCGAAUUUUAAGUGUGUUCAAUGUUCGUUUUCAUACUGAAGACCUGGCAAAUGUUUCUCAGUUACCCAAACUGGAAAGCUUGGAUAUCUCUAACACCCUGGUCACUAACAUCUCUGUGCUCCUCUCCUGUAAGGAUCGACUCAAAUCUCUCACAAUGCACUAUCUGAAGUGCCUGACCAUGACCAAACCACAGAUCCUUGCAGUCAUUAGAGAACUUAAAUGUCUGCUUCACCUUGAUAUUUCUGAUCACAGGCAACUCAAGUCAGAUCUCGCUUUUCAGUUGCUACAGCAGAAGGAUAUUCUGCCUCAUCUUGUAUCACUGGACAUUUCUGGGGGCAGUCGCAUCACUGAUGGAGCUGUGGAGCUGUUCAUACAGCAACGGCCUGCAAUGCAAUUUGUGGGACUGUUGGCUACGGAUGCUGGUUAUUCUGACUUCUUUUCUACAAAGCAAGGCUUGAGGGUUGCUGGAGGAGCCAAUAUGAGUCAGAUUUCAGAAGCACUGAGCCGAUACAGGAAUAGGUCGUGUUUUAUGAAGGAAGCCCUCUACAGGCUGUUCACAGAGACGUUUUCGAUGCAGGUAACCAUGCCUGCUGUUUUAAAGCUUGUGGCUAUAGGAAUGAGGAAUCAUCCAUUGGAUUUGCCAGUACAAUUCACAGCCAGUGCUUGUGCCCUCAACCUAACACGCCAGGGCCUGGCCAGGGGGAUGCCUGUUCGUCUGUUGUCAGAGGUUACCUGUCUACUUUUCAAGGCUCUGAAAAAUUUCCCCCAUUACCAGCAGUUACAGAAGAAUUGUCUUCUCUCCUUAACCAAUUCCAGGAUUCUUGUGGAUGUUCCAUUUGACAGGUUUGAUGCUGCCAAGUUUGUUAUGAGAUGGCUCUGUAAGCAUGAAAAUCCCAAGAUGCAAACAAUGGCAGUGAGCGUCACCUCUAUUCUAGCCCUGCAGCUCUCACCUGAGCAAACUGCACAACUUAAAGAAGAGCUCUUCAUGGCAGUUAAGGAACUUCUAGCAAUAGUAAAACAAAAGACUGCUGAAAAUUUAGAUGAUGUCACCCUCUUGUUUACUUUGAAAGCACUUUGGAAUCUUACAGAUGAGUCUCCAGCUGCCUGCAAGCACUUUCUUGACAAUCAAGGAUUGGCAAUCUUCAUUCAAGUCUUGGAGACUUUUUCAGAGUCAACAAUCCAAAGCAAAGUACUUGGUCUUUUGAACAACAUAGCCGAAGUCAGAGAACUCUCUUCCACACUGAUGACCAAAGCUGUGGUAAAGCAUGUCAGCAGCUUACUCCACAGCAAGGAGUUGGAAGUCAGCUAUUUUGCUGCGGGCAUCGUAGCCCACCUGACGUCGGACAGACAGCCCUGGAUAUCCCAUGACCUUCAGAGGAAUGCUCUUCUCCAGGAUCUGUAUGCAACCAUCCAGAAUUGGCCAAGUUCAAGUUGCAAGAUGAUCGCGUUGGUGACCUACAGAUCCUUCAAGGCAUUUUUCCCGCUCCUUGGCAACUUCUCUCAACCAGAGGUUCAACUCUGGGCACUGUGGGCCCUGUAUCAUGUCUGCAGUGAAAACCCUGGCAAAUACUGCAAACUGUUAGUGGAAGAAGAAGGACUGCAGCUUCUGUGUGACAUCCAGGAGCACAGUGAGGCAGACCCCCAGGCACAGCAGAUGGCAGCCUCCAUUCUGGAUGACUUCAGAAUGCAUUUCAUGAAUUAUCAGAGACCCCCUCUGUGUUGAAUGCCCUUCUGAACCUUAGGGCCUCAGAGGUGCUCUGCUCCUCAGUGUUAGGUCUUCUGCCCUAUAGGCAGUUGAAUGUUGAAUUGAAUUGAAACUAGUUGUCAUCGGAGUUUGAGUUGCUGCUUCAUUGGCCUUUCUUUUGAGUUACAAGAAGGUUGAGUUUGUAUGAUAGUCAUAAUCCCUAAUCAAGUUGGAAUCAUCCUGAGAAUACCCUUUCACCAGUUUUAAAUAAUCAAGCCCUGGACUCUGUGAGAAGACCUGUGAGCUUGUGUUGGAACAGCUCUGCCACUUACUCUUCUCUAACCCUGGCCAGUUUCUUAACUUGGAGUGUUCGUCAGAGGGAGGGGGAAAAGAAAGACCUAUAAGGAGACUUGAUAUUUAUAUUAAAUUUCAUGUUUGAAAGAAUAUCCUGAGUUAUUUCUGGCUAUAUGAAGCCACUGAAAAAGAAGUACAUGAAAAAGUUCUGGAAACAAUAUGCUUAUAAAUGUUGGAAGGCAGAACCUCUGUGGAGGGGGAAAAAAAAAAGUUGAUACCAAGGUAUCUACUUUGUUAGAUGGAGAGAAGAGAAACAUAUUUUUAUGAUUUUGGAUAUUCUCCUUUUGACCUUUUUCCUCCAGCUCUACACAUUAGACUGAGUUAGACAAUUGUGUGCAACUGGGUGUGUUGGUGGGGACUGGUCAAAAUUAGGACUGAGAAUAGUGUAUAAGAGGGUUGGAAAUCUCUAUCCCUCAAAAUUUUAAGUAGCAUGAUGACUUUGCCAAAGAUUUAAAGAAGUGCUCUUAUCUAACACAGCAAUGAGAAUAAUAUGGGCUUUUCUGAGAGCCUGCCUAUCAACAACAAUAUAAAACUAUCAGAAGCUUUUGUUUGUGUACCCUGCAAAUCUUCUCUAUGAAAGACUAUGAAAUCCUUCUUGCUGUAUUAUUCACAACUCACAAAACAUGUGCUGUCAUCCAUCUGUAUUAAUUUAAGUUUUUUAAAGAAAUAGAUUCUUUUUUUGAGUUAGUAGCCUAUUUUAGGACUAGAUUUUUGUGCUCUUAGCUGGCCAGACUCUUGAAUGGAAUGCUGUAUACUAUCUUUUGGAAGCAAAUGAGGCUCAUUGUUAUUCUAAACCAUAUUGCAAACUGUUGCUCACCAGUGGAAGCAGGAACUUAAAAUGUUCUUCCUUUUACAGUCCUGAAACUACGCAGCAUUUUCUUUCAUUCAUUCUUCUGCAUGAUUUAAAAGGCUGUCUUAGUUUACUGACCUGGGUUCCAUACUUCAGAACCUGCCGUUACCAGAUACUAGCUUAGGCUGAUGUGAGGAGGGUGGCUGAGAACUGGUGCCUGUUGGGGUCCAGUUCUGCACGAGGCACCUCUCCAAGUUUUGCCUCCUUCACAGCGUUCCUCUGCGAUCGCUAAGUUGUAUUUUCCCCAUUUGACAGUUGAGAAAGAGGAGGUUUAGUAUGGUGGUUACUGCUCAUGUGGUUGGUGUCAAUUCUAAGACCUGGGCUCUUCUGUGUUAUGCUCCCUUCCAGGAAGUGAGCACAACUUUGGGGAACAUUUGUAUUUAGCAGCAAAUCAACAAUGUUGUUGGCGUGUGUCCGUGCCUGUGGCUUCGUGACUUCUAAGCGCGGCCAGGCAUAGGCUCAGGAAGCUCAGACCAGUUCAAGAGUGACCACAAGGCUGUCUCUUCCCCUACCCUGGUUCAGGAGGGGAGGGCAUGGAGACCAGUGUGCAAUGUGCAUGUCAGCCCCCUCUGUUCUAAGUGUGUCGUCUUGCUCACCUUUGCUCAUGCUCUUCCCCUCAGCCUUCUCUUUGCCUCAGAUGCCUAUUAGUCCUUCACCCUUCAACUCCAGUGUUACCUGCCCGUUUCCUGACCCUCCAUUCUCUCCGUCAGAGUCAACUGUUGCUUACUCAGUGCUCCUGAAAGCUAUGAAUAUGGCCAUCAAAAUUUCCCUGCCACCCUA